UACGAUCCGGGGUUACAUUCUGGGCUUCUUUCGGCUGCGCAGCCCUGGGCCGCUCUUGGCAAGACGCUCUAUCCAUCGGCUACAACCCUGGCCCACCUUAUGGUUUUUGCUGCAAGGCACGACCGUUUGCUCUCAGGCACGAAUAGAGUUGCCGGCUUGGACUGUCCACCAGGCCAAGUUCGCGGCCGGAAGCCCGGGGCCGUCGCUCCGGUUAUUUUCUUGUCCCGAGUCGCCCCCGGCUCGGUUCGAGAUAGCGGCGGCAAUUCUUUAUGGAAAUCUCCACAAUGCGGAGGAGGACCAGAAGGUGAUCAUGACGGUGAGGUCAGAAGGGGACAUGGAUGGAGCCUACCCUCCGAGCCGAAGGCAAAGUGACAGUAGCACCAACCAUUGACAGCAACCACCAGGGAAAUGCAUACUUAACCGACGCGAUCCUUCUCCUCGGUUUCCUUCCCCUCUCCUUUCUCGUCACGGUUCCUCACUACUCCAGUGUCAUCACCAACCGCCACCAUGUCCUCCCUCGCCACUCUUCUCACGGCCGGCCUCACCCUCAGCGGGUUGGCUGUUGCCCAAAAGCCCGGUCCCACCAAGGAGGUGCACCCCAAGAUCACCACCUACCGCUGCAGCAAGAAGCACGGCUGCAAGCCCCAGACCAACUACAUCGUCCUCGAUUCGCUUGCUCACCCCGUCUACCAGGCUGCUGCUCCUCAGUAUGGCUGCGGUGACUGGGGCCAGAAGCCCAACGCCACCGCCUGCCCUACUAAGGAGGCCUGCGCGAAAAACUGCAUCAUGGACGGUGUCUCCGACUACUCGGCCUACGGUGUCACGACCAAUGAGACGGCCCUGACUCUCGAGCACAUUCUCCCCAACGGAAAGUUUGUCAGCCCAAGAGUCUACCUUUUGGACAAGAGCAAGCAGAAGUAUGAGAUGCUCAAGCUCACCGGCAACGAGUUCACCUUCGACGUCGACGCCACCCGCCUUCCUUGCGGCAUGAACUCCGCUCUGUAUCUGAGCGAGAUGCCCGCCGAUGGCAACAAGAGCAAGCUCAACAAGGGCGGUGCUUACUACGGCACUGGUUACUGCGACGCUCAGUGCUUUACCACCCCCUUCAUUGGUGGUGAGGGCAACAUCGAAGGCAAGGGCUCCUGCUGCAACGAGAUGGACAUUUGGGAGGCCAACUCCCGCGCCACCCACGUCGCGCCCCACACGUGCAACAAGCCCGGCCUCUACCUCUGCGAAGGCGAGGAGUGCGGCGGCACCAAGGCCGGUGUCUGCGACAAGCCCGGCUGCGGGUGGAACCCCUACCGCGUCAACGUGACCGACUACUACGGCAACUCGGACGAGUUCAAGGUCGACACCCGCCGCCCUUUCACCGUCAUCACCCAGUUCCCCGCCGACAAGAACGGCAAGCUCACCUCCAUCAAGAGGUUCUAUCAGCAAGAUGGCAAGACCAUUGAGACCUACUCGGUUGACGUCGAUGGUCUCCCCAAGGUCGACGGUUUGAACGACGAGUUCUGCGCCGCUACUGGUGCCGAGAGGUUCCUCGAGCUGGGCGCCCACAAGGGCAUGGGCGAGGCGAUGACGAGGGGUAUGGUUCUUGCUAUGAGCAUCUGGUGGGACGAGGGCGGUUUCAUGAACUGGCUCGACAGCGGCGAGGCUGGGCCGUGCGCACCUACUGAUGGUGACCCGAAGAAUAUUGUCAAGGUUGAGCCCUUCCCCGUUGUCACUUAUAACAACAUGAGGUGGGGUGAGAUUGGCUCUACAUUCAAGGAUGAGAAGGAAGGCAAGGGCAAGGGCAAGGGCAAGCACAGACGCUCGAUUCAGUAGGCGAUGUCCAGUGUCGAGGGAGGAGAGAUAGAUAGGAAGACAAAAGCAUAGCCCACGGAGGGUCGAGUACAUAAUGUAGUACCAUGUUCAAAUAUGCAUUCUUUAUGGAUUAUUAGACCAUCAACACAUCGCUGUUGAGAUAUUUGCCAUUUGGAUAUGGCUGUGCAUUGUA